GGACCACGAUCCAAUUCCAAAACAUUACUGCAGCGGGUAGCACGUGGGUUUUUUCACCCGGCUUUUAAAAGUAAAACGUGUUUGGUGGCAGUGGUUUAGCUGUGAAAACUAAAGGUUUUUAUAGCUAGUUGUGUUCUUAGUGUAUUCAGGACGAAGCCGCAUUUAAAUAGUGUGGCGGUAGAGGUUGGGAGCGGUGAAAAGUAAACGUUGCGUUGUGUUUCCAGUCUUUUUGUGACGAAAAUGGCUGCCGUAGAAGAGUCUGUUGUACGAGCUGUCGUUUUGGAUUAUCUUUCUAGGAAAGAUAAAACAUUUGCGGAAGUCUAUCAUAAAAAAUUUGGUUCGCCCGUGCUUGCAAAGGGAUCUCCUCGAUUGGAAGAAAUUCUUGGAUGGUAUAAGGACAAAGGUAAAAAACAAAUUAUCGUUUCGAAGGCAGCAGGUGAAUCCAGCUCAGAGGACGAUUCUUCCGAAGAAGAAACUGAUAAGUUCAAAACACCCGUAAAAAAGGCUUUGACAAAUGGAAAAUCGACGCCAGCAGUAAAACCAAGUGCGAAGGAAAACGGUGUGAAAAAGCAAGAAUCAAGCUCAGAAGACAGUUCCUCUGAAGAGGAAAAGCCUGCUUUAAAAACGUCAAAGGGUAAAGCUGCUCCUACGCUGGCGAAACCCCCUGCAAAAGCAACCACGAAAGCUACAACUCAAGCUCAGAAUUCGGAAUCCAGCAGCGAUGAUUCUUCCGAUGAAGAAGAAGCUCAAGUUCCAACCAAAACACCGGUGAAAGUAGCUCAGACAAAAACUCCAGCAAAGAGCACUCCUGCUGUGAAGCAAACGCCAGCUAAAGCUGCCAGUAGCAGCGACGAUUCUUCUGAUGAAGAAGAAACACAAGUUCAAAGCAAGUCAAAAGUGAAUCAGGCAAAGCUUCCCGGAAAGAGCACACCAGCUCCUAAAAAAUCUGUCCCAGCUAAAGCUACUCCUGUUGGUAAACAAGAAUCUUCCAGCGAAGACAGUUCGUCAGAAGAGGAAGCACCUAAAAAUUUGGUUAAGCCAGUACAAGUAAAGCAAGGUACGAAGGGUACACCAGCUGCUAAAAAACCUGAAACAAGUGACAGCGAAUCCGAUUCAGAUGAUUCUGAGGCAGAAACAGCCCAAAAGAAUUCUGGCGCAAAAUUGCCUGCCAAUAAGAAGCAGACAACAGCUGCCCCUAAGCCAACAGCCAAGAAACAGGAAUCAUCAUCAGAUAGUAGUUCCGAAGAAGACGAGCAGGUUGCCAAACAAAUUACUGUGAAAAAACAAACUCCGGCUAAAACCGUUGCAGUAAAGAAAGCGGAAUCUUCCGAUGAUUCUAGCUCGGAGGAAGAAGCGGUCGUCCCAGCUGUUAAACCAGUAGUCAACAAGAAGCAGAUAGUAUCCGUCAAACCUAAAGAUGAUGAGGAGUCUAGUGAUGAGUCGUCAGAAGAGGAAGAGAAACCUGUCAACAAAGCUGCAGUUAAAAGGGCUGCCCAACCGCAGCAAAAGCAGCCAUCGUCAAGCGAAGAUUCUGAUGACAGCGACGAGGAAGAGCAGGCCCCAGCACCGAAGAAGAAAGCCGUAGUAGCCACACCGAAGGCUAAAAAGGAUGAAUCGGACUCGGAUGAUAGCUCUUCGGAUGACGAACCAGAGGAGAAACCAGUUGCAAAGAAGCAACCAGCGCCAGUAGUAGCUAAAGCUGAUAAAAAGAGGAAGGCUCACCAGGAAGACGAUGAAGAUGACGAUGAGAACGCUGAGGAACCGCCAGCUAAAAAGCCCAACUAUAGUAACUUCGUCAAGGCAGGUGAAGGCAACAAUCAAAACAAGUUUUCUACACCACCUAAUAAGAACCAGUUCAUAGCCCAGUCGAACAGUGCCGGAAGUAGCCAUAAUAAAGCACUAAACAGCGAUGAAAGACGCGGAAUUAAUCGAUUCCGACGUAUUCAGGAAGAAAACAUUGAGAUAGACAAUCGUCUACGCGACAAUUCAUAUGAAGCAAAGCCGCUGUUCAUAAGUUUUGCAUCAAAAAGGGAAUACAGUGAAACGGACAAUAAACCUGAGAAACCUGCAAAAAAGCUGCAAUCUUCCGAAUGGAAGUGCUUGAUCUGCCAAAACGUUAAUCAGAUGCUAGAUCGAUUUUGUUCCAAGUGUGACACUUUGAAAGAUAUUGCUGCAUACAAACGCAAGUUAGAAUCCAGCUGGGUCUGUCCGGAUUGCGAGUGCAUUAAUUUCCAAGAAGCUAAAAAUUGUAACAAAUGUAGUGCCGACAACCCAAACCCAGAAGAAGUACGAACUGCACGUAAUGCUGGUGAUUGGGAGUGUUCUGAUUGUAGCGCCGUAAACUAUGCCAAACGGAGCAACUGUUAUAAAUGUGGAAAACAGAAAUCAGAGAAAUUUGCCGGCCAAUGGUUCUGCACGCAAUGCGAGGUGCAGAACUUUGCAUCUCGGCUUCGUUGCUUCAAAUGUAAAACGAAAAGAAGCAGUUGGAAUUGUGAGUCCUGCGGUCGCGAUAACAGUCUACGGAAGUGGAAAUGCGUGGGCUGUCAGAAAUAUGGUCCCCAAGCACAACAGUGCAGUACAAAGAAAGUGUUCGUAGAUAAAACGAAAAAGCCAGGUGAUUGGAGCUGUUCUAAAUGUAAGCGAAACAACUUUGCCAGAAAUUUGAAAUGCUUCAAAUGCCUCGAGCUGAAACCGAUAGACAAAUGAUUUUUUUAUACCAAGCAAGGGGAUGUAUUAAUGUUUGUACCCGUGUAUUAGUUAAUAAGAUGGAGAUGGUCAUAAGAUUUUUGUUUGUGUUUUGUUUGGUGUUAAUAAAU